AUGUGUGCCAACAAUGAUACGGAUGUAAUUGACCAGACAAUACCGAAGGCAGUCGCCCGACUUAUGCGGUUGCAUGUGGAUUGCGGUGUUCCGGGGCCAGGAAGCGACACCCAGUCCGAGUGCCAGUCCAGUCCGUAUCCUUGGUGCUCCGACUACGGCGUGCUUUAUGGUUGCAGGUUGAGCCCAUUCGAUUGGCGGCGGGGAAUCAGCAGCAGCGGAACCGGCGGCACCGGCGGCACCGGCGGAACCGGCGGCACCAUGGCAGCCCAGCCAUUGAGCAGCACGGCGGCAACAACUGCGGCGGCAACCACAUCGGCGACCCUCAGCACAGCCGCUGCUUCCACCUCGACCACGGCAGCCCCAGCCGCGGGAGCCACGUGGAUGCACCACCACCUGGCGGUGGAAGCGGACGGCUCUCAUCCGGCGAACGGCAGCGAUGCGCAGGCAGGCGUUGAGGGCCCCACAAUGCCAGCCGGCUACUUGCCGCUCUACGAGGAUGUGGAAACGGCGGCGGAGGACGCCGGCUACGCGCUGAUCGAUGACAUCAGCGAGUGGCUGUUGGGUUCGGUGGGCGGCGAGGUGGCAGUGGGCGGGUCCGAGAACAGUACGUCCUUGGCGGUGACGGGCGCCAACGGAACCCAGGCCUGGCUGGAGGCACUGAACAGCACGCAGCCCACCCAGAGCAACUCCAGUGCGGACGACGGGGAGCGCGGGCGGUACUCGCUGCGCAGCUUUGUGGAGCAACAGCUGGCGGGCGGAGGAGGGGCAGAGGGAGCUGGCGAUGGCGGCGAUGCUGGCAUCGCGCUGAUCGACAGCGGCGAGGAGGCGGCCCUGGACAAUGUGGCGGAUGCGGAAACGGACUACGGCAUGCUGGGCGGCUUCGGCGAUGCCGAGCUGCUCCAGCGGGCAGCAGCGGCGCUGGGCAAUCGAACGGCGCCCUCGACCACCAGUUACGAUGGGGGUGGCUCCGGGGACGUGGGCGGUGCUGGCGGUGCUGGCGGACUGGCCGGAACGGCGGGCGGAGGCACAGGCGGAGCAGGAGGCUCAGGGGGCAGCACCUUCAUGCUGCUGCUCGAAAACUUUAACGAUUAUUUUCCCAACUACAAUGGGAGCACGGUUUCGGGAACAAGCACCAUUGCGCCGGGAGUGGCCAUCACGGGGAGCAGGGGCAGCGGACUGCUCCUCGAGCAGAACCUGACGGGACUGUACCUCGACGGCUACCGGAUGAACUGCACCAACGAGACGCUUAACAUGACCGACUCCUGCGGCGAGCUGAGAGUGGUGGACCACAACUACUGGGCGCUUAUCCUGAUCCUGUUCCCCAUCCUGACCCUCUUCGGCAACAUCCUGGUCAUCCUGUCCGUGUGCCGGGAGCGCUCCCUGCAGACGGUCACGAAUUAUUUUAUAGUCUCGUUGGCCAUCGCGGAUCUCCUGGUCGCCGUGGUCGUGAUGCCAUUUGCUGUCUACUUUCUGGUAAAUGGAGCCUGGGCCCUGCCUGACGUCGUUUGUGAUUUCUAUAUAGCCAUGGAUGUGAUAUGCUCUACUUCAUCGAUAUUCAACUUAGUUGCCAUCUCCAUAGACAGAUACAUCGCUGUGACACAGCCAAUAAAGUACGCCAAGCACAAAAAUAGCCGCCGCGUUUGCCUUACGAUACUGCUGGUUUGGGCCAUAUCGGCUGCCAUCGGCUCGCCGAUAGUUCUGGGCCUCAACAACACGCCCAACCGCGAGCCCGAUGUGUGCGCCUUCUACAACGCCGACUUCAUACUCUACUCCUCGCUGAGCAGCUUCUACAUACCCUGCAUCAUAAUGGUGUUUCUCUACUGGAACAUUUUCAAGGCGCUGAGGAGCCGGGCGCGGAAGCAGCGGGCGGCCCGCAAGCCCCACCUAUCGGAGCUCACGGGCGGCAGCGUCAUCGAGAACAUCGCCCAGACCCGGCGCCUGGCGGAGACGGCCCUGGACAGCAGCCGCCACGCCAGCAGGAUCUUGCCCGACGAGGCCGCCACCAACACGGCCAGCGGUUCCAACGAGGAGGAGGACGAGAACGCCAUCUCGCCGGACAUCGACGACUGCCACGUCAUCGUGAACGACAAGUCCACCGAGUUCAUGCUGGCCACCGUAGUCGAGGAGACGGGCAACAGCGUUGUGGCCCAAAUCACCACUCAGCCGCAGCUGGUCGUCGCCGAUCCGAAUGGUAAUCAUGAUUCUGGUUAUGCAGCCUCAAACGUUGACGAUGUCCUUGCAGGCGUGGCGCCCGCCUCCGCCUCGGCAGCCACAUCCGGCGCUCCGCGGAGCAGCGGCUCGCCGCCGGACAGUCCGCUGCCCAGUGGCGCCACCCUCCAGCGGUCCAGCGUCAGCAGCCAGCGGCGCCCCACCGGCGACGACUCGCCGAAGCGCGGCGAACCCGCCCUCAGCGUCGCCAUGAAGCCGCUGUCCUUUGUGCGGUACGGAGUGCAGGAGGCCAUGACUUUGGCACGCAACGACUCGACGCUAUCGACUACAUCGAAAACGUCCUCGCGCAAGGAUAAGAAGAACUCGCAGGCGUCAAGAUUCACGAUAUACAAGGUGCACAAGGCCUCCAAAAAGAAACGCGAAAAGUCGUCGGCGAAAAAGGAGCGCAAGGCCACCAAAACACUGGCCAUUGUUUUGGGUGUCUUCCUCUUCUGCUGGCUGCCGUUCUUCAGCUGCAACAUCAUGGACGCCAUGUGCGCCAAGUUCAAGAAAGACUGCCGACCCGGGCUCACCGCCUACAUGAUGACCACCUGGCUGGGCUACAUCAACAGCUUCGUGAACCCGGUGAUCUACACGAUAUUCAAUCCCGAGUUUCGCAAGGCCUUCAAGAAGAUCAUGCAUAUGGGGUGAUUAUCAGCGGCGAGCACGUCACCAGCAAUAGCC